CUUCAAUAUUGUUAAUAUUAGGCUAUACAAGCAUUUGGUAUCUACUGAAAUUAUGAGAAGUGAGUAGCGUCUAAUAUUUAUACUUUCAUUGGAAGGUUGGAUUCAUUUUUAUUCGAGUUUUGUAUUUUUAAACCGAUAAAAUGUAUAACCUUGAGAGUGAAGUACUGCACAGCCACAUUUUCCGUUUAACUUAAAUUUCAGUAGGCUAUAACGCGAAUUAUAUAUUAAACAGCCUAGUGCCCCACUUAGGAUUCAAACUCUGGAACAUCCAUUUGAAGGAUGGAGUUUCAGGCUAAAUGGCACAUAAUGAUAUUUCUAUUGCCUAUUCUUCCAAUGGCAUAUGCGUGCCUUCUUAAUAGCAAAAUAAAUUCGGAUCACAUAGAAACACUUAGGCUUAAUGAAAAUAGUCUAGUGUAGGCCUAAAACUAUUUAAUCGUUUUAACACAGAGUUCAUUGGUGUCCAUUAUACUGACAGCAGUAGCCCGUUCAGAAAAAAGCAUAUUACAUUUAGAAAGUAGGAUUGAAAUUUUACUUAUUGACUGGUGGGAUGUUCCGUCCAGCUCUGUUACAGUAAAAUGUUCAGUGUUAAAUCAACUCUUACAGGGUACAUAUGGUCCUACUUGGUCCCUUUAGGACUCAUAUGUACUCUGUUAGAUUUUAAGUAACACUGGACAUUUAUUGUGUACUUCUUUGGCACGACAUAUGUUCUUGUCGCUGUCAUUCUCAUCAAAUGCAGGUUCUUAAUUUGGAUUGAAGUCGGCGAGAAUAUGUGGAACAACCGUUUCAGGUAAUUUCUGCAGGAACACAGAGUACACCAGGAGCUUCGCUCUGUUUGGAAGCCAAACACGCGCAGAUAAUGUCUCACUCCGAUGGAGAAUCUCACAGGUCGAAUAUGGAAAAGGACGAUGCACGCUCUUCCCCGAGUCCUCCGUCAACUCCGUCUGUAUGCUCUCCUACAUCAUCCUCGUCCUCUGUGCCGUCCACUGGGAAGAACGUGUGCGCAAGUUGCGGAUUGGAGAUUCUGGAUAGAUACCUUCUCAAGGUAAACAACUUAAUCUGGCACGUGAGGUGUCUGGAGUGUUCAGUGUGCAGGACGUCGUUGCGUCAACACAGCAGCUGCUACAUCAAAAACAAAGAGAUCUUCUGUAAAAUGGACUAUUUCAGUAGGUUUGGGACAAAGUGUGCCCGCUGCGGACGACAGAUCUACGCCAGCGACUGGGUGAGGCGGGCGAGAGGCAACGCCUACCACCUGGCCUGCUUCGCCUGCUUCUCCUGCAAGAGGCAGCUCUCUACGGGCGAGGAGUUUGGCUUGGUAGAGGAGAAAGUGCUCUGCAGGAUCCACUAUGACACCAUGGUGGAGAACCUCAAACGGGCCGCAGAGACCGGAAGUGGGAUCACUCUGGAGGGCGCGGUUCCAUCGGAGCAGGACAGCCAGCCCAAACCAGCCAAAAGAGCGCGCACCUCCUUCACUGCCGAGCAGCUGCAGGUGAUGCAGGCGCAGUUUGCACAGGACAACAACCCCGACGCCCAGACGCUGCAGAAGCUGGCGGACAUGACGGGCCUGAGCAGGCGGGUGAUACAGGUCUGGUUUCAAAACUGCAGAGCAAGACACAAAAAGCACACCCCCCAGCACAGCGGACCCCCCCAGGGCCACCCUCAGUCUCGGAUGCCCCCCUCCCUGCCGGACGACCUGCAUUACUCUCCCUUUGGCAGCCCUGAGAGAGCGCGCAUGGUGGCGCUGCACGGAUACAUCGAGAGUCACCCCUUCUCUGUGCUGACAGCACAGACCCUCCCCCACCAGGCUAUGGCUUUGCCCCAGCUGCCCCUCAGCCGCUAGCACCACCCAGGAUGUACCCUCCCCCAGUCCACCCCUACCCCUGACCCCUGGGUACCAACUUCCCUUCCCAAUCCAGCCCUGACCCCAGGAAACGGAGGGCAUCUCUGGCUCAGUGAUGGACAGGAAAGACGUUCCCCACCUCCGGCUGGCCCCACGCACUGGGUAUUCCCCACACACACCAGGGCUCUCCUCUGAACUCAAGCUUAGCAGGACAGGACCUCUUCUUCCCACAUUUGGGCAGACUGGAGGAAUUCACACACCACGUCUGCCUUUGGUUUCACUUUGGAAGAAAUGCCACUGGUGAAAUUGGGACUUGUUAAACAAGGCCAAGGAGUCUACGCAUCCACGCUGAUAAUCACCUUUCUCUUGCUGUGCACGCUCAAUCUGGGAUUCCUUUCAGCAUCUUGUGCUCUAUCCUCCUCUGACUCUGGUGAGAAGGGAGGGGACACACCCACUGACAGUGAAGAUCACUGUUUCAAGUGAGCUGUCAGUAUUCCAACAAAUGAAGAGAAGAAAGAAUUGUGAUGACACAAGGCUCAGUUUGGCUCAGCGUUGGACACAGGUAAGAAAAUGCCCCUCUCUUUCUCUGGAACAAAAUGCUUUUUGAUGGAACUCGUUUUUGAGUGUGACAACAUUGUUAGAGAAAUGUUGAGUAUCAGAUUACAUUAAAUGUUGCCUUAGACAUCAAUGGGACAAAAAUUCACCUGGAAAUAAACACAGUAUGGACAGAACACAGGCUUUCUUGUUUAUGUAUAAUAUAGUGCAUUGCCAAUGUAAGCUCACGUUCCCCCACCACAGGACACCUCUGUCCUUCGCUCACUCACAAAGCUGGAGCCAUCACUGAUGCUGCACAUACUUAUCAUUACAGUCCCAAUAUUUUUUUUCUGCACUGGAAAGGAAAUGUUGUUUGGUCCGAUGACAGUUUGUUGAAGGUAUUGAAAUUUUCUAUUUGUAGGCAGGUAAAUGUGGGAACAGAGGGCACAUUUAUCAUCUGUUUUCUGUUCAAAUGAAAUCUAUUUGGCAUUUUCUGUAUCUAUAAAUAGAUUCAAUCUAGUGGCAAAUCCAGACCUAUGAUUUGAAAGAUCGAGACACUCUGCAAUCCCUGGUACCUACAGAACAGCACUGGAUUUUUAAUUACUUCUGCAUUUUGCUUAAAAGUUAAUUUUCAUAUUUCAAGGUACUAGGGACCCAGUCUUUUCUACUUCCUGUCAGCUGUUUUCUUCUUGCAAUCAGUUUCCAUCAGAGGGAAACAAAUCUAAUUAGCAAGUUAAAUAAUUUGAGGUUCCUGUGGUAAUCAAAGCAAAUGACAAGUGACUGCAAAGAUCACUAAAAUAAAAAAAUUUAAAUGAAAUAUUUAGCAUGCAUAUUAUGAAAUGGAUUUGUUGGUCAAAAAAUACAAUAAAAUCCAAAGAAAAUUAACCCCAGGGUUUGUGGAGCCAUGACCAGAAAAAAAGAAUAGAAUAGGAAGACCUAACUACAGAUUGUAUGAAUGCAUCACAUGCUAAUGUUGCAGAAAAUUAUAAAUCUUGGUCUAGAAACUCAUCACCUUUUGUGCUAAGAUGUCUACCUUCCAGUGUAUCACUUCAUCACAACCAAAUGAAGCCAACUUACAAAUAAUGUGAAUAAAUAUUUCAAUGGCAAAUAUUUGUCAAUUUACUUUUGUUGGUUUUUCACUUAUGGUACAUUUCAUCAACAAGGCUAAAUGCAAACCUGGUCAAUAACAUUACACGUAUCUUCUGAACUGUCUCCAAGUCAAUUUGUUUAUUUUAUUGUUCUUAGUAGGAAGAUGUCCUGUGUCUAGUCAUGAUAUCUAUGAAAAUUUAAAUUUUGCUCCUUUGAUUUUAUUCUAUUGUAAAAAACAAAAAAAACAAAAAAAAAACUGUAAUGGAAAACAAGGUGUUUUA